AUUUUUGUUUUUAGUCAUCGUUACCGAGUUCUCGUUUGACACGAACAUUCAUCACACCGUUAAUAAAAAGAGAAACAAAAAAGCCAGUAUUUAGUAUUUACGAAGGAAAAUAAAAACGAAUUAUGAAAGGUGGUGGAGGAAUUGUACUUGUAGGAGUCAAGGGAAACUGUUGUUGGCUUAUCUUUGUUUUUCGAUUUUUGUUAUUAAUAUUAUUAUUGUUUUUCGGUUUGUUCUUUUAUUCUUCAAUCGUUGUUCUUUCUUUUCAAUCCCUCAUUGUACGCUGAUGCUUUUUCUUAUUUAUUAUGUUAUUUCUAAUUAUUUUUCAUCCCAGGAUAAUAAUCUUGUGCCUUUUCAAUCCUUGACUAUUACGGAAUUUUGGUUUAAGAGAGAGGAAGGUAGAGAUGAGACGGUAUAGAUAAGGGAGAAAUAUUGAUUCUUUUCGGUAGCCCUAAUUUUCUGUUUUGGUUCCUUUUUCUUGAGCGUUCUGGAUUUCUUCUGGGGGUUUGAAGAAGGUAACUUCAGGGAACCUUCGAUCUUGAUCGUUCUUCAAUGGAGGCCGAGUCUGUGUCUGACGGGGAGAAUAAUCGGAAAAGGGACGCCGCUGAUGAGUACAAUGACAACAAUAAUGGAAGUAACAAAAAAAUUGUAAAUUCCAAUGAAGGGCAGAGCAAGCCCAAGCGUCAGAUGAAGACUCCUUUCCAGCUUGAGGCUCUGGAGAAAGCUUAUGCUUUGGAGACGUACCCGUCGGAGGCGAUGAGGGCAGAACUGUCGCAGAAGUUGGGGCUGUCGGAUCGGCAAUUGCAGAUGUGGUUCUGCCAUAGGAGGUUGAAAGACAAGAAGGACGUGCCCAAGUCUUCAAGAAAGGCGCCACCGCCGUUGCCCGCUUCACCGACGGACGAGUUGAGGAUGGAGACUGAACUUGCCAAUGAUUAUGGAUCCGGGUCGGGUUCGGGCUCAAGCCCGUUUACUCGUUCAGAGUUGCGGAAUGUAGUACCUAGGGGUGUUCCUGGGUACUAUGAGUCGCAGCAGGCUCUUAUGGAGCUCAGAGCAAUUGCUUGUGUGGAGGCGCAGUUAGGAGAACCCUUAAGGGAGGAUGGACCUAUUUUAGGAAUUGAGUUUGAUCCAUUGCCGCCAGAUGCAUUUGGAGCACCUAUCGCAGUUAAUGAGCAGCAGAAGCGGCCUAGUCUUGGCUUUGAUAGUAAAGUCUAUGAAAGACACGAUGUUAGAACAAACAAGGCUAUGACAAGGGCCUUCCAUGAAUAUCCAUUUCUCCCAAACCACUCCAGUAUUAGAUCUGAUGCUUAUGGACAAUUGACACAAUCUCAUUUACUUGAUCCGAUGGAUGGUCCAGCCAGAACUCCGUCUUUUGUAGUAAAAAAUGAACAGCUUCCCAGGAUUCAUGCUGCCCAAGGCCAUUCGUCACGUGUUCGUGUUUCAUCUCUACAAGAUAAGCAAGGGCUUCCCUUUCCGUCGCCCUCUCGUGAUGAUGAUGGCCCUUCUCAAAGGGAAUCUUACCCAAACCUAAAUAUUGGAAUGAACUCUCACUUUACUGAUCACCCAAUUGUUGGACCAGAAAACCCUUAUGGGGUAGUUGGUGGACAAAUCUUCCCUAGCGAUGCAAUAUUACGGGUUGACAGGAAACGAAAGAGUGAUGAUUCUAGAACUGCAAGAGAAGCUGAAGCCCAUGAGAUGAGGAUCCAGAAGGAGAUAGAGAAACAAGAUAACAUUAGGCGAAAGAAUGAAGAGAGAAUGAGGAAAGAGAUGGAGAGGCAAGAUCGUGAAAGAAGGAAGGAAGAAGAGAGGCUGAUGCGUGAGAGACAGAGAGAAGAAGAAAGAACAAAGCGUGAGCAAAGACGUGAAAUUGAACGAAGGGAAAAGUUUCUGAUGAAGGAAAAUUUAAGAGCUGAGAAAAGGAGGCAAAAAGAAGAGCUUCGAAAAGAGAAAGAAGCAGAGAGAAGAAAAGCUGCUCUUGAGAAGGCAGUUGCCCGCAGAAUAGCUAAAGAAUCUAUGGAGCUUAUUGAGGAUGAACAACUGGAAUUGAUGGAGUUGGCCGUAGCAAGCAAGGGACUUCCCUCAAUUAUAAAUCUUGAUCUUGACACCUUGCAAAACCUUGAUAUGUUUCGGGAUUCAUUGUGCACUUUUCCACCCAAGAGUGUAAAGCUGAAAAAACCAUUUGCCAUCCAACCCUGGAUCAAAUCUGAGGAGCAUGUUGGCAACCUUCUCAUGGUUUGGAGAUUUCUGAUUACAUUUGCGGAUGUCCUUGAGUUGUGGCCUUUUACUCUUGAUGAAUUUUUGCAGGCAUUUCAUGACUAUGAUUCAAGAUUAUUUGGUGAGAUACAUGUUGCUCUUCUCAAGGUGAUAAUAAAGGACAUCGAAGAUGUUGCAAGGACACCUACAGGAUUAGGUACUAACCAGAAUGGGGCUGCUAAUCCUGGUGGUGGCCAUCCAGAGAUUGUGGAAGGGGCGUAUGCCUGGGGCUUUGAUAUAAGAAAUUGGCAGAAGCACUUGAAUCAAUCAACAUGGCCAGAAAUUUUCCGACAGUUAGCAUUGUCUGCAGGGUUUGGACCACGGCUGAAAAAAAGAAAUAUCACAUGGUCAUAUGCAAAUGAUAAAGAUGAGGGUAGAAGUUGUGAAGACAUCAUCUCCACUCUUCGCAAUGGUUCAGCAGCUGAAAAUGCUGGCAAAAUGCAAGAGAAAGGUCUGUUA